UGUUUAUAUAUGUGCAAAGCGGUUGUAUUUACUGUACAGUGAUUGUGCAAGUGACGCAGAACUAAAAAUAGCGAAAAAUACGAGAAAAAAACACACCUCUCAUCAUACAUAUUCAAAUUGAAGAAAAUUUUAUGCCCGAAUAACCGAAUAGAAAAAAUGGAAAAAAAACCAAAUGUGAAAGAAGAAAACGAUUACUCUUAAGUUAAUACGUGGAAAUUCAGUAAACAGAUAAAGUUAAAACCGCAAGCAGCAACACAGCGAUUCAGUCAUGGAAGAUUUGAAUGAGCUGAGCAAUGUGGAGCUUCAGUAUCGCUUGGCACAAUUUGGAGUGCCCAACAUACCGGUCACAAGUACAACGCGCAAAAUUCUAAUCAAACGACUGCGAAAUUUGAUCGACAGCGAAAAGUCAAAGUUGAGACGCGAUACAGAAUAUGCAACCAGAUACUCAUCGGAUGAAGACAUUUCGUCGAGAGCCAAUGAUACAAAGGCAAAGGUAGCAAAAGGUCGCAGUCGUUCAACCAUUUCAACAAGCACCAGCCGGCUAGGGAAUCGAUCAAACUUGAGUAUGCCGCCGCCACCGGCAAUUCAAAAGCCAUCAACAAGCUUGUGGAGUGACAAAAGUCAGAGUACGAAAAAAUCGCCGACAAGCUCAAUUUACAUAUCGCCGCUGAUACAACACGAUACAGACGAAGAAUCAGACCAAAAUGACGGAUUGAACACAUCAUUUUCAAAUCGAUACAAAAACAAUUCCUCCAGCAUUCGAACAACGUCGACAAUUUACAAUGGCCAUGACGCACACGAAAACUCGGCCAUCGGCAAAAGUCGAUACUCGACUGAUGCGGCUGAGAGUAGUUCGCACAGCACCAAUGCAUUGAAUGCAUCCAGUGAAUCCAGCACAAAUGGUGAACAUGAUAACGAUGACUUAUCUUCGCCAUACUCAUCGACAAAUUUCACAAAACGUUUGCUCAGCUUACGGAAUCGAAGCUUGGGCUCAACUAUAAAUGCUCCAUCGCUGUUAGAUGCCAGUAACCGUUUCGAUGGAUACACAAGACCGCCGCUGCUGAGCUAUCCAUCGGCAAGAGUAUCGCGGUAUUUGAAUGAACCAGCAUCGUCUCGGCUAUCGAUGUUGUCAAGAGAUAAUAGCAUCAUUUAUCAGGCCAAUAUCGAUAACAGCAAUCGAAAGCCGUUUUCCAUUCGGAAUUUCUUUUCGGAAUUUUUCAAUCGACAGUAUGAACGAUACAGCGUCAAACAGUCAUUUGUGCCAUGCAUCUUGUUAUCAGCCCUGUUCGUUUUCUUCACCUCCGUUAUCAUUGCGUAUUUGACGAUGAAUCCGGAUUUAUCAUUGGCACUGGAUGCAAAGGCGGCUACGUUCAAAUUGUGCCCCGACACCGAAGUGACAAUGGUGAAUGGUGAGCCGCAUUUUAAGCCAACUGUCAAUUGCAUUGAGAAAGAUGAGCUUGAGCCCGCAUUUGAUCUACUCAAACUGCUGCUACCGCAGCUUCAGAAGCGAAUCGAAUUGAAUCGAUGCACCGAUCCAACGGCCGCAUUUGCGAUGAGUGCAAAAGAGGUUGUAAAAUUCCUAUUCGAAACGCACGAACAAAGUGCGGCGAUCGACAUUAUUCGAGCACUUCACAACGCCGAAUACUUGAUAUCGGUGAAUCCACAGUGGCGUGUCGGGCACUUCAUCGAUGGAAGUGGCCAACCAUCGGCAAGCAUAUCAAUGACAAAUCUCGUUCGACUCCGGCCGUCCCAAUCCAACUACUUUGCCAUCGUUAAACCACGACUGCCCCUGUCAUGUUUCCUCUACAACAAGCUGCAAGCGGUGUUCGCCAUCAUCGGAUGGAUUGUUGUCUUAGCUCUGUUCGUGUUUGCCGUUCUGUUUGUCAUUCGAUUUAUCCGAGGGCAUUUGCAAACGCGACGCGAGCGCGUCACAAAUAUGGUGGAAGAGAUAAAAAAUGUACUGAUGGAAAAGGCGUACGAUCCCGACACCGCAUGCACCGAUGCGGCAUCCGUGGUGAUCAACCAUUUGCGUGACAAAUUGAUACCGCCCACCGAACGAAGCAAAAUGGAAUCGGUUUGGAAUGCUGCAAUCAAGGCGAUCGAGAGCGACAGUCGCGUUCAGUUUAGUAUUGCAACUCGAAAUGGCGAAGAUUAUCGUGUGAUGCGAUGGAUUGACACCGUGUCACCAAUGAGCCAAAGUUCGCACGCUUUCACCUCCAACUCAUUGUCCGCCAGUACGAGCAGCAAUUCAAGUAAUUUAAGCGUCACCACAUCAAAUAACAUGCCUAGUGCGACGUAUCCAAGUCUCCGGUCAUGCAGCACCUUCAACUAUGGCAAUGUGAAGAAAUGGCAGAGUCCAGCCUUCGACAAGAGCAACAAGAUUAAAGAUCCACCGACGGAAUGUUUGAAGAUUCGUCAAAUGUUCGACAAACAUGAAUCGUCGAAUCCAAAUCUCAAGCAAGUCAUACAAGAUGCCAUUUUGGAAAAGGUAGCACACACAACGUGCAAGAUAUACGAUUUACAAUUGGACAAACAAACCUGUUGUGUAUACGUUCGAUGCGCUUCGGCCAAGGAUGCCGGCAUCAUUCACGACGAAGUGAACGGUUGGUGGUUUGACAGUCGUCUUGUGUCCAUAAAAUUCUUGCGUCUGGAUCGUUACUUGAACCGAUUCCCGAACGCCUCCUCCGGUCCCACCUGCUUAAAACCGUCAAACACAAAAAAUCUCUCAAUGACAAAUGGCGAUGGUGAUGGGACGAAUCAUGCGAAUGGCAAACGCGGUGCUGACAACCUAACCGACUACGAAGACGAUGACGAUGUGCCCAUGGUCGAUGGAUAUUUCAUCGGGCAACAACGGUAGUUCCGACAAUCCAGCUAAUCUAUUUUGCAAACUGCACAGACUUAGUUUAAGACUCCCAAUUUUCGAGCAAAUGAGCACACGAGUGCCACUGUGCGCCUGUGCACAGUCGUUGGCCACACACACAUACAACUUUUUUUUUUUGGCCAAAUAGAAGAAGAAAACAAAACAGAAGAAAACAAAACAGAAGAAAACAAUUGUCGUCAUUUCGGCCGACACAAUGUCAUAUCGAAUAUUUUUACAUGUAAUCAACAUAUUUCACAAUUUUAACAAUGAUUAUCCGUGGGAAAAUGCGUGUUCGUUUCAAAUGUUGACUGAUCUGAAACUAAAACAUUCGAUUUAAAUAGAAAAAAAACAAACACAUACACAUACACAUACAUACUCAGAACGAUAAAGAAAACAUGCAGCAAAGAAAGAAAAUCGAUAAAAUGUUUGCAUUUGACAAUAAUCAAAAAGAGUAACACAAAAAUGUCCACUAAAUUGAUUGACUAGCGAGUGUUCGAUGAAUUAACUCCCCUCACCCCCAUACUGAUAUUCAACCAUUUUACUCCCGAGAUACAUUUUAGAUGGAAAAACGUGAAAAUAACAGAAAUUUGAAAAAAAAACAAUAUUUUAAUGUGGUCAAUGACCACUGGUCAUUAAUACGACGAUCCAACAUCGACCAAUACCACAACAACAACAACAACAGACCAUCAACUAUGAAUUAAGAAACAAAUAACAUAUAUGAAUUCAAGCAUAAUCACAAACGUCUAGGCAAAUUCUUAUAUAUUUUUCCCCUUUUCUCAUUCAGUUCAAUUUGGCUCCGUAUAUUAUUAUUAUUUUUUGAACAUGUUUUGUUUCGUUUUCUUUUUCUUUCUCUCUCUCUCUGUUUUAGUUAUAAUGUAUUUUUGUAAUUUCGCUCAAAGUGCAAAAGAAAUAAAAAUUUGAAGAAAAUAAAAUGAUAAUAAAAUGAAAGAAA